UGUUGCUUUUAGCUUGUAUCAGUACGGGAAAAUAGUUUAGAAAGAAUAUAAAACUAAUCCUUUAUGUUAUUUUGCAUGGACUGAUUGCACAUACAAAUGCAAAUUUGACCACAACAAAGAUGAUUGGCUUUAUUAUAAAUGAAAGUGUUCUGGCAAUCAUGCUUCUAUCAUUCAGUGUAACGGAUUUAAAAGAAAUUUACACAUCAAUGCGAACAAUAAAGGUUCACAUGGCUGACACCAGACAGUUGCUGAAAGGAGAGUUAUCUACGUUACGAUCCUACGUCAAGAACCAAAAAGCCGCGUUAACAAACCUAAAAGAAUCCAUCAACAAUCUACAACAUCUGUCAGAGGAGGCAAAACAUCCGAACUUCGACAUUCUUCAUCCAUUGAACGCAUACAGAUUCAUUCGCAAUCAUUCCGUCAUAUAUGAAAAUACUGUAAAAACUAUAAUUACGGAGACAAAACAACUCGAAGAGAAGCUGGUUUCCAAUACAAGAGAAUUGAUUCCCAAAAUUCCGUCGCUUAACAAAACUGAAUACGAAGGCGUGAUUGAUGGUAUCUUGAGACUGCAAGGAACGUAUGACUUGAAUGUAAAUGAUAUUGUUGAAGGAAACUUCGGAGGAAUUCCCUCUGGUCUGACAAUUAGUGCGAAGGAAUGUGGAGAAAUUAUAAAGGUAUUGUUUAAGGACCCUUUUAACCGACCGUUUUAUGGAAGUGAAUGGGUUAAACAGGCAACAAGGAUGAUACAGAACGGUGAUAGAUCCACAACAGUUGCAACGAUAUAUACUUUGGCAGCCAAUGCUAUGCUAGCAAUUAACAAGAGAGAAGAGGCCGCUUUACUUUACGCCAUGAUCCCAAAAGAUCAAAGGGGGAGGUACCACAAAAUAAUGGUAAAGGCUUUAUGGACCCAGACGGAGGACUCCAAUCGAAGACAGGUUUAUAGAAGAAUGAAUACGAUAUUCACGAAAGCUGAUCUAAAGAAUAGGCACGAUCGUCUAUGUAAUGGCCAGAGUAUUGAGAGUUUGCUUCCAAACCGACAUACUCCUAGACGGCAUCUUGUGUGUAGGAUUGUGGACAACGGUAGUCCGAUACUGAGAGUUCAGCCUAUAAAACUGGAAGAGCUAUCUCUAGACCCAUAUGUCGCCAUUUUCCAUGAUAUCGGAUCAGAGCACGAAAUAUCAGCCGUUAGAGAAUGUGCUGAGCCGAAACUGCAGCGGUCAAUGGUAAACUCCCUUCUUCAAGGCAGUGUUUUGGACCGAGGACGGACUAGUCAGAAUAUGUUCAUUUUUGACGAUUCAAAAUACAUCAAAUUUGCAAGGCGCAUUGAAGCUGCUACUGGUCUCAACUACAGCGGUUUUGAGAAGUUUCAAAUCGCAAACUAUGGCGUCGGCGGACAUUAUUAUUGUCAUCACGAUUUCUUCUCCGCCGAAUACGCAAAAAAGACUUUCGAUGAUGACAAUCGAAUUGCCACAUGUAUGCUGUAUUUAACGGACGUCGAAAAAGGGGGAGCAACCGUGUUUCCCGAUAUAGGUGUGUCAGUGUUUCCUAGAAAGGGCAGAGCCAUCUUCUGGUAUAACAUGUACAGAAAUGGAACUGUUCAUCCGCUUACAAGGCAUGCGGCGUGCCCCGUACUAGUAGGUGAAAAGUGGGUUGGCAAUUUAUGGAUUAGAAGGAAUGCCCAAACUUUUGCAAAACCAUGCAGUCUAGACCGACUAGAACUUGACUGGAAUUGGCUUUAACAUAUCCAUUUUCAGGUUCAUACGUCAAUCGUACUGCCGUUAAGUGAGCUAUUUUUAUAAGAAAACAAUAUCCUGACGGGCAUCGGCCAUGCGAUCAUGAUCGACUGGGUUUGGCCUGGAGCUGGUUAUUAACCUCCUUUUAACACAGGAGUUGAGUUCAUCCUGUUGCCAACUGCCUGUAUACAGAUAUUGCCUUUAAAUGUUCAAGCAUCCAAAUUAACUUUUUUUUAAUUAAUUAAGUAAGUAAUUAAUUUUCUGAAAUGUAAGUGUCUUCCCAAGUGGUGUGAUAAAUUCAAACUUUUCAUUAACUUAUAUCGCUUUGCUGUUUUUAAAGUGCGUAUAUCAAAUAGAGAAACAUGUGGAACAAA